CCCUACAGCCUCUUCAUAGCAUUCGCUGGACUCGAAGGAGGGGUGGCAGGAGUGCCCCGAAGCUGUGCUCACCUAUGCGGCUAACCUACCCUGAGAUGCCUGAGAACAGCUCUGCUGCCAAUUGCUGCGAGGCUGGCGGGCUGGCGAUGUGCUCUACUUGGUCCGGGUCAGCGGGCACUGGCUCACCAGGGUCUCCCCGGGCUACUUGGGUGGCUCCCACGCUAUUUACAGUGAUAAUUGUCACCACAGCCCUGGAUGUCGUGGGAAACCUCCUUGUCAUCCUGUCUGUGCUCAGGAACCGCAAGCUGCGGAAUGCGGGUAACUUGUUUGUGGUGAGUCUGGCCUUGGCUGACCUUAUGAUAGCCUUUUACCCUUACCCACUGAUCCUCGUGGCUAUUGUUCAUGAUGGUUGGGUCCUGGGAGAAGCCCACUGCAAAGCCAGUGCCUUCGUGAUAGGCCUGAGCGUCAUUGGCUCCGUCUUCAGUAUCACAGCCAUUGCCAUUAACCGCUACUGGCGCAUGUGUCACAGUGCAACCUACCACCGGGUCUGCAGCCACUGGCAUGCCCUCCUCUACGUCAGUCUCGUCUGGCUCCUCACUGUGCUGGCCUUGGUGCCCAGUUUCUUUGUGGGGAACCUAGACUAUGACCCACGCAUCUAUUCCUGCACCUUUAACCAGACGGUCAGCACCCGGUACACAGCAGCUGUGGUGGUCGUCCAUUUCCUCCUUCCAAUAUCUGUGGUAUCCUUCUGCUACCUGCGAAUCUGGGUACUGGUGCUCCGGACCCGAAGGAAGGCCAAGGCUGAAAGUCAGCCACGUCAGAAGUCCGGUGACUUGCGCAAUUUCCUAACCAUGUUCGCAGUGUUUGUGGUUUUUGCCAUUUGCUGGGCCCCCCUCAACUUCAUCGGCCUUGCAGUGGCUAUCAACCCAGAGGUGAUGGCCCCUCGGGUCCCAGAGGGGCUCUUCGUCGCCAGUUACUUCCUAGCUUACUUCAACAGCUGCCUUAAUGCCAUUGUCUAUGGGCUCCUGAACCAGAACUUCCGCACAGAAUACAAGCGGCUCCUCUCAGCGCUCUGGAACCUUGGAUGCUGUUUCCAUAUCGCUUCCAAAUGCUGCCUUGCUAAGGAGCCACAGAGCCCAGUACCAUCUAGUGCCAGGGCUCCCAUGACUGUCCAGGAGGGUCUCUCUAGCCUGCAUCAAUUGCAUGAACCUAGCAGUAAAGUUUUAAAAUGCGGGGAGUGAAAAUAUACCGUCACAGUGCUGGGCAACAGCAUGCUCACACCACAGCACACGGUGAGGAUGUCUGUCAGGGAGCAGACACUCCACCCACAGAUUCCACUGGAUUCCAAAGGGCUGGGGUAGAAGUCAAACUUUAUCCACAAAAUGUCAUUUUCCCUGCCACCUUGACCUGCUUGCUAAUGUCUUCCCUUCAUUGAAGGCUAGAGGAUCUCUUGAUUACCUGGGCCGAAAGAGAAAACUCUGCAGCAUUGAAGGUUGAUGAUUUCCAGGGACCCAGGAAAAAGGCAGGUGCAGAGCCCCCCCCCAUCAACUUUUCCUGCACAUCACAAUGAGAACACAGCACAUACUGUAUCCAUAUCCACCACACAUAUAUACACCAAAUCAUAUCACAUACAGAGACAUCAGACACACACCAUGCAUGUUCA